GCCCGCCCCUCGGGGGAGUCACGUAGCUCUGCGGCAUCCGCAGCCUCAUUUACAGGAGCCUGAGCUACAGCCACAGCUGUUGCCGACCUGACCUGAUCCGCGCUGCUCCUGUGGCUGCCUCCGCUAACUGGCUGCGCACCUCGCAGCACACAGAGCUGUCACCAUGCCCCACUCGUACCCAGCCCUUUCUGCUGAGCAGAAAAAGGAGUUGUCUGACAUUGCCCUCCGGAUUGUGGCCCCAGGCAAAGGCAUUCUGGCCGCGGAUGAGUCUGUAGGCAGCAUGGCCAAGCGGUUGAGCCAAAUUGGCGUGGAGAACACAGAGGAAAACCGCCGGUUGUACCGCCAGGUCCUGUUCAGUGCUGAUGACCGUGUAAAGAAGUGCAUCGGAGGAGUCAUCUUCUUCCAUGAGACACUCUACCAGAAGGACGAUAAUGGUGUUCCCUUCGUUCGUACCAUUCAGGAUAAAGGCAUUGUCGUGGGCAUCAAGGUUGACAAGGGUGUAGUGCCUCUAGCAGGGACUGAUGGAGAAACCACCACUCAAGGGCUGGAUGGGCUCUCGGAACGCUGUGCCCAGUACAAGAAGGAUGGCGCCAACUUUGCCAAAUGGCGUUGCGUGCUGAAAAUCAGUGAGCGCACACCCUCAGCCCUUGCCAUUCUGGAGAAUACCAACGUGCUGGCCCGCUAUGCCAGCAUCUGCCAGCAGAAUGGCAUCGUGCCUAUUGUGGAACCUGAAAUCCUGCCAGAUGGAGACCAUGACCUCAAACGUUGUCAGUAUGUUACGGAGAAGGUCUUGGCUGCUGUGUACAAGGCCCUGAGUGACCAUCACGUGUACCUGGAGGGGACCCUGCUCAAGCCCAACAUGGUGACCCCUGGCCAUGCCUGUCCCAUUAAAUAUAGCCCAGAGGAGAUCGCCAUGGCAACUGUCACUGCCCUGCGUCGCACUGUGCCCCCAGCUGUCCCAGGAGUGACUUUCCUGUCUGGGGGUCAGAGUGAAGAGGAGGCAUCGCUCAACCUCAAUGCUAUCAACCGCUGCCCCCUUCCUCGGCCCUGGGCCCUUACCUUCUCCUAUGGGCGUGCCCUGCAGGCCUCUGCCCUCAAUGCCUGGAGAGGGCAACAAGACAAUGCUGGGGCUGCCACUGAGGAGUUCAUCAAGCGGGCCGAGGUGAAUGGGCUUGCGGCCCAGGGCAAGUAUGAAGGCAGCGGGGAAGAUGGUGGAGCAGCAGCACAGUCCCUCUACAUUGCCAACCAUGCCUACUGAGUGCGCAUUCCACACUGCAGCCCUUGGCCUGGCCACCUGAACCCUAUUUCGCCUAUAGUUAUGGCCAGGGCCAAAUAGCCAUGCAGAGCAGAGAUGCCUCUAGCCAGCACUGAGUCAUCUUCCUUUUCUUGUCCUCCCCUCCCCUCCCCUCUCCCAUUGCUGCACCUGGGACCAUUGGAUGGGAGGAUGGGGUGCCCCUUGUGACUGAGGGCAAAAGAAGUUGCUAGAAGUCAGAGCAGGAUGCCUGGGUUUCCCCCUGCCUCCGCCAGCCCCCACAAUUUCCCCAUGAUGUGGUAGCUUCUCCUUGGGCUUUCCUUGCCUGCCCUGUCUCCUGGGAUCAGAGAGUAGGACACCAGACAUGACUCAUGCCUUGGGUACAUACCACAUAGCAAAUAAAUGGUAGCAAAACAUGCUA